AUGGCGCAACGACUCAAUAGUCCCAAUGCUUGCUCUUCGAUGCCUCCAGCAGAUGAAACACGACGCGAGACACCUCCGAACAAACGAUACUCUUUGAAUCCGUCCGCUGGCGGCUCAUCACGACGAAGCGGGGCUCCGAUGAGCGAUGGUCGAGUAAGCGGGGAGCUGGAGGGGAGCACACUGGGCAGCGGCUCUCGUGAUGGUGAUCGAAAGACCCCUGGCCAAAGGAGGACCCAGAGCUCGAGCGGGUUCCUAUUGGGCUCACUUCCUCGCACGAAAAGCUUGAGAAUACCAUCACACCGCACUCGACUAUCAGAAUCCCCGACGGGGAAACGAAACGCCCCCGAUGCCAAUGUUGCCGUGCCUAAGAAGCGAUCGCGCUUCCCGUGGAGUCGCAAUAAGCAUUCGACCUCAGAGUCCGCGUCUGUGGCAGCCGGAGCGGACUCAAUAGCUACUCAGCAAACUCCAACACCUUCGCAUGAUGCGCGACAGUCUCGCGACUCGUCGCAGGUUGGAUCUACUGGGAACGAUGCGGCCGAUCACUCGUCGCCAGGACUCGAUAGGGAUUCCAUACAAAUUGUGAAUUUGGCCCUGAAUUUGAAUGAGUCGAGGAGAAGGAACCAGUCGGGACUACCGUUGGCUUCUAACGGGCGACGACCCUUGUCGACGUCUCAACCUGCUGCUGGACCCGUGGAGACACACCUGCAGCCACAAAUAAGCCAUCGUGGACAACGGGACUCCUCAUAUCAAAGCUACGGCCAGUUAUCGAUUGAUGACAUGGGGCGAGCUGCUCAACCCGGUCAGUCACCAGUGGUUGAUCUAUUACCCCCUACUGUACGGGACGACCAUCGCGCAUAUGAAUUUUCUGAAAGCACUUUAGCUCGCGCGGAACGAGCCCGGCGUCACUUUGAACUCUUUGAUCAAUAUUUGCGACUGCUCCCUUCACUGCCUCCAAUUCGAGCUCCCGCUGCUGCUGGCGAGAGCGAGUCUCCCGACGAGUCGACCUCUACUCGACCUGCGAAUCGGGAUUACAACCCCCUCCAGAUGAUACGAAACAGGAGAGUUCGUUAUAGAGAGAAAUGUCCAAUCGAUAUCGAGGCAGAGGGCUGGCAUAAUAUCGACAAGGUCAAUGACUGGAUCACCACCAUCGAGGAAAAGUACAGCAACAAAAGACUCGACCCAACACAGUCUAUCAAGUUGCCCUCUUUCCAAAAUGGUCAAAAAAGCACCUCACACCAUGAACGCGAAGAUAUGGACACGACUAUCUCACCACCUACAAGCUUACGGCGCGUCAGCCGCACCAAUAGCAUCAAAGCCCCUCGACCGCGUAUGAUGGACUGGAGGAUUUCUCCCGAGGAACUUCUGGCCGAUGCAGCGUGGGCGGAAGAUGUUGUCAACAAAACCAAAAUUGUCGACAGAUACGACAACAGGCUGUAUCCAGACCCAACAGAGCUUGAAUUGGUGGGUUCUUACUCGGAUAAGCUGCGACUGUCUUUAGAUGUCGACCACACCCAAGAGGAUGGGCGUUCUUCUCUUCGUACUUCCCUGUCAAGCUCGCGCCCUGCGCAGGCACAUGAGUUCAAGAGCGUUGGCCGAGGACGACACAGAAGCAAGUUCCACACUCAUUCCCAAAGUGCAAGGAGUCGCAGUGGCUCCAGCUCGCGGAAACAUUCACGUUGGGACCGCAUCCAGUUGCGCACAGGCAGUGUUUCGAGCGAUUCGAGUCCGGAGCGGCGCAAGUCGUCCGAGCGAAAACAUCACAUUUGGGACCAUGGCCGCAGAAGUACCGAAUUGUUUUCUGAAAAAGUCCAUGCGAACUCCUCGGACUCCCGCAUAUCUCGUGCCAAAUCUCCUGCGGCAGUUUUUAGAGCCGAAAAGAACAAGUCACAACUGUCCGACCCGAUUUCCGUCAACACGAAACCAAGACGUCCCUAUAGAAGGGGGUCGCUUUCGUCUGGCGGAAGUCUCGAUGAUCGAUACAACCCGCGGAUGUCGACGGAGGGCAUGGACAGCACUGCUCCCAACUCUCCUGCUCAUGCUGGUUAUUUCCCUAGUAUCGCAGUCAAUCUUUCUCCGCCCUCGAGCCGGUCUCCGUCACCAGCCAAGAAAGGUCUUCGUCACAAGAUUGUCUCUCGUCAAGAACGAAGCAAGAGCAAACACGGCGAGAGAGACUCUCGAGAACACGAAGACGAGAGUCUGGAUGCCAUUGCGCUAUCUCAUCAUGUGUUAACGCCUCCAUCUGAGCAUGCCAAGUAUGAUGAAAGGUCAUCAAGACUGGAGCCCAGUCCUCUUCCUGAUGUCGUAUGUUCUUCCUACUUUGAUGACCAAGCUGGGAAUGAUGGAAAUCGAUCGGACAAUCCACCGUGGGGAAGGAAGGGACAGCACCUUCCUGAAUCCAAAUUGCGCGGAAUCUUCAAGGGGCCCGGACGGAUAGCUGAGCUUGUUGGCAAUGAAGUUUCUAAAGUUGGAGAUCUAGUAUUCAAAAAGGACCAAGGACCCGACUCGCGCAAGUCAUCAUCUGCAUCAAUUGUGUCAGCGGACUCGAGUGAUUCUGAUGAUGAUGGAAGGAAAUCAGACAAGCGAUCGGGACCGAAAGGACUUUUACGCCGUCGGAACAAUAUUGGUGAUGAAUCGGGCCGCCUUGUUCGCCGCGACUCUGACAGAGGUCCUCCAAAUAGAAGCUUCAUCGGGUCACUGCCAAGUUUCACAUCGCCUUUGCGGCAGGACGACUCCAACGACUAUGGUACAAGCCCUCGUGAACGCCCUUCUGCGUCUCGGAAACAAGAUGAUCAAGACACCCCGAGAAGAAUGGGCGUCAGUCGAAGCAGGACAUUGGACUUCAGCCCGACCACGGGUUCAAACCGCAGCCGCACGAAGCAACAGCACGCCAUCAAGGAUUCCUCUGUCCCCUUCAGUCUUACCCGUCCACCAGUGACUGGACUCGCACAGGCCCGGGCUUCGCCUGGCCCCAUGAAAAACCGACGACCGGGACUGUCAAGUACAACUCGCGCUUGGAGUAUUUCGGACCGCAGCCUUCACACAUUAAACGACUUUGGUGUCCCUGGCAAGACGGAGGUAGAACGAACCCGAACCCUCCUAUUAUCAUCUGGCAUUAAAGCUCGAGAAAUCACCCGACGCGCUCACAGCGUACGCGAACCACCACCUCACUGGCUUCAAAACGCGCUUGGCCCAGGUGCUUCAGUGCCUCGCGUGGCCCGGAUCGGAGAAUUUGAUUUAGCUGCCCAGAACCUGCUGCGGCGCUUUGAAAUGACUCAAUACUCCUUUCAGCAAUCCAUGCACCACUUCACGACGACUACGGCGUCUCCUCUCCGCACACAGCUGAAAGACCUCGAGAACCUUGUCAAUGAAUCCCUCACACCUCGUGUCCGUGCCACAGCCAAUGAUGCCGAGGACCUCUGCGUUCAACUCAACACCACAAGCACGCUUGCUGUCAAGUCGCUCAGCGAUGCUCUGGACCGAGGAGUUCGGAAACGUCGUCGUCGACUCCGAUGGGUGCGUCGGACUGGCUUCGUGGUGCUGGAAUGGACGCUGGUCGGUAUGUUGUGGUGGGUUUGGCUCAUCGUUAUGGCAUUCAAGCUUGUUCGCGGUGUUUUCCGUGGGUUCAUAUCUGGUGCUCGCUGGAUACUUUGGCUGUAG